AUGAUGCUGGGUACCGAAGGCGGAGAGGGGUUCGUGGUGAAGGUCCGCGGCUUGCCCUGGUCUUGCUCGGCGGACGAAGUGCAGCGCUUUUUUUCUGACUGCAAAAUUCAAAAUGGGGCUCAAGGUAUACGGUUCAUCUACACCAGAGAAGGCAGACCAAGUGGCGAGGCUUUUGUUGAACUUGAAUCAGAAGAUGAAGUCAAAUUGGCCCUGAAAAAAGACAGAGAAACUAUGGGACACAGAUAUGUUGAAGUAUUCAAGUCAAACAACGUUGAAAUGGAUUGGGUGUUGAAGCAUACUGGUCCAAAUAGUCCUGACACGGCCAAUGAUGGCUUUGUACGGCUUAGAGGACUCCCCUUUGGAUGUAGCAAGGAAGAAAUUGUUCAGUUCUUUUCAGGGUUGGAAAUCGUGCCAAAUGGGAUAACAUUGCCGGUGGACUUCCAGGGGAGGAGUACGGGGGAGGCCUUCGUGCAGUUUGCUUCACAGGAAAUAGCUGAAAAGGCUCUAAAGAAACACAAGGAAAGAAUAGGGCACAGGUAUAUCGAAAUUUUUAAGAGCAGUCGAGCAGAAGUCAGAACUCACUAUGACCCACCACGAAAGCUUAUGGCCAUGCAGCGGCCAGGUCCCUAUGACAGACCUGGGGCCGGCAGAGGGUAUAACAGCAUUGGCAGGGGAGCUGGCUUUGAAAGGAUGAGGCGUGGAGCUUAUGGUGGAGGUUAUGGCGGCUAUGAUGAUUAUAAUGGCUAUAAUGAUGGCUAUGGCUUUGGGUCGGAUAGAUUUGGAAGAGACCUCAAUUACUGUUUUUCAGGAAUGUCUGACCACAGAUAUGGGGAUGGUGGCUCUACUUUCCAGAGUACAACUGGACACUGUGUGCACAUGCGGGGAUUACCCUACAGAGCUACGGAGAAUGACAUUUAUAAUUUUUUUUCACCGCUCAACCCUGUGAGAGUGCACAUUGAAAUUGGGCCUGAUGGCAGAGUAACUGGUGAAGCAGAUGUCGAGUUUGCAACUCAUGAAGACGCUGUGGCAGCUAUGUCGAAAGACAAAGCAAAUAUGCAACACAGAUAUGUAGAACUCUUCUUGAAUUCUACAGCAGGAGCAAGCGGUGGUGCUUACGAACACAGAUAUGUAGAACUCUUCUUGAAUUCUACAGCAGGAGCAAGCGGUGGUGCUUAUGGUAGCCAAAUGAUGGGAGGCAUGGGCUUGUCAAACCAAUCCAGUUAUGGUGGCCCAACCAGCCAGCAGCUGAGUGGUGGUUAUGGAGGUGGCUAUGGCGGCCAGAGCAGCAUGAGUGGAUAUGACCAAGUUUUACAGGAAAACUCCAGUGAUUUUCAAUCAAACAUUGCAUAG